AUGUCGCAGAGCCUUGAUACGAGCCAGAUUCGGGAGUGGAGAUCGAUUGUUACGUUGAUCGUGUUUGUGGUUACGAAUGUUGUCGUGCUGUUCCCCUUUUACGUGCCGAUUCCUGUUCCAUCGGUGGUAUGCCAUGGGUUCAAGACUACGUUGAGCGUACUACGGAUCAGAGACUUCGAAGAACCCAAGUCAAACGCUACUGACACGGCAUCCAUCACCAAUAGCCCAAUGCAUGAGAAACCGAUCAUCUGGAAGCGCUUCCCACUCAACUUCAUCACCGCCCCCCUCAUUGCCGACCUCUUCCUCCUCGCCAUCCAAGCCAUAGGAAGGGAAGAAGUCCACGAUGGCACCGUGGGCGCCGACCACAUCUACCCGAUCGACAUCAUGGUCUUCUUCAUCACUCUGGCCUACAUCGCCAUAUCAAUCGACGCUUCGGGCUUGAUCAGAUGGCUAGCCCACAAAGUCUUGCUGGUUGGCGGCAAGAAUGGGAAAAGGCUCUACCUGUAUCUAUACACCUUCUUCUUCGCCCUAGCUACAUUCAUCGGUAACGACCCGAUCAUCCUCUCCGGCACGCCGUUCCUGGCGUACAUGACGAAAGCAGCGAGCAACAUCGAGAAACCGAAGGCAUGGAUCUUUACGCAGUUUGCUGUCGCCAACAUCGCUUCGGCGAUUCUGGUGUCUUCGAAUCCGACGAACUUGGUUCUGGCUGGUGCUUUCGAUAUCAAGUACAUCACUUAUACGGCCAAUAUGAUCGUUCCGGUCGUCGUGACCGCGAUCGUGCUGUUCCCGUUCUUGCUAUGGGCGGUGUUUCGAGACGAGUCGCUGGUUCCUGGGUCGAUUGAGAUGCACACUCUCUCUGAUGAGUUGAAGUCAAAGCAGCCUGCAAACCCAAACAUCCCGUCCCCGAAGCACGUCGAGGACGGCGGUAAGCUCACCCGCACAUCGACCUUGGAGGAGAUCAUGAACCCUUACCUCGAUAAAAUCAGCGCUGUCUUUGGUAGUAUCGUUAUGGCGGCUACGCUUGUCACGAUCUUGGCUCUCAAUGCUUCGAGCGAGGAUGGCGAUGCGAUUCCAGCGUACUGGGUAACGUUGCCGGCGGCUUUUGUCGUAUUUUCUUUUGAUAUGUCGAAUGGGUGGAUGUGUAGGCAUGCUACUCGUGCGGUUGUCCAAGGUCGUCGGCAACAGACGGAGAAUUCGGAAGGCGAACGGCGAGCCGAAGUGGAUGGGCGAGAGAAUGAUGCUGUUUUUAAUGGCGAUUAUGACGGCACCAGGAUAGACCAAGGAGUCGGCAAUAAGCAGCCAGCACUUGAACCCGCAGACAAGGCGCAGCCGUUCGACCCUUCAGUCCUUGCGUCAGGCGAUCCUCUUAUGCCUGGGCCGGAGACAACAAUGCACGACUCAACCUCCAGCAAUGAGACAAACGCCAUCCUCAAACGACUUACAUCCAGCACCAAGAGACGCACUCUCUUCUCCGUCGCCCAAUCCACCUGGCACUGGUCCCGCGCCACGUUCCCAACGACCACCACAGUCCUCUCUCUCCUCCCCCUUCCCCUCGUACCCUUCGCCCUCUGCAUCUUCGUCCUCGUCCAAGCCCUCGUAAGCAAAGGCUGGAUCGCCGUCUUCGCCUACGGCUGGUCCCACUGGAUCACAUCCACCGGAACAGUAGGCGCGAUAGGCGGCAUGGCUUUCCUCUCUGUCAUCCUCUGCAAUUUCAGCGGGACCAACAUCGGCACCACGAUCUUGCUAUGCCGGGUUGUGCAGGCAUGGGUCCAGAUUCAUCAGCUUGAGGGAGCGGAGCCGAUCUCGCAAAGGACGUUUUGGGCGGCGGUGUAUAGUAUGGCGAUUGGAGUGAACUACGGGGCGUUUAGUACGGCUUUCAGCGCGAGCUUGGCUGGGAUGCUGUGGCGGAAUAUUUUGGAUAGGAAGGGGAUUCGGGUUGGUGCGAGAGAGUUUGCGUGGGUCAAUUUGCCGAUCAUUGUGUUCACCAUGGUUGUGGCGUGUGCGGUGCUGGUUGGAGAGGUGUAUAUAGUGAGAAGCGAAAAGGCGUAUCAAGGAUGA